CUGGAGCACUGUUUGUCGUGAGUCUCCGGUUUGCUCCUCGUUUUGUAUUCAUUUAACAACCUCCUGAGGAUAUUUACCUGGUUCUAACUGUACCGUCUCCGCAAGCUUCACUGCCAGUCAACCAGACUGAAACUCCAAGAAUCCCCCUUGACACCUCUUUUGUGCCACAGACCCUGCAUCCAAGCAUUCAGAAAACUCUGUUGGUGCCACCUUGAGAACGCUGUCUCAGAUAUGGCACAUUACUCUCCCUCUCCCAGAUACUCGCUCUCCAUUCUCUUUACCUACAUGACUCUGAAGACUCCUCAUUGCUCUUCCUGUUUCUGCCCUUCUUCUUCUCUGAGCCUUUCUCUAAACAGCCAUGAUUUUCUGCAAGUAUAAUCAGAAGUUUCACUUCUCUGUAAAAUCUACCCAGUGAUUUCUCGUCAGAAUCAUCACCAAACUUCUACAAUGGCGUCAAAACCCUGUGUGAUCUAUCUGCUUCUUUCCUGGUCUACUCCUCUUCCUUCAUUCUUGCUGACUUGUGGAGAUUUGCAUCUUGCUACUGCUGACCCAAAGCAGGCUUCUGCUCGACCAUCGCGAAUGGUGGUGGCCUGGACUGCUGGGCGCAGCUGCUGUCCCCGCGUGAGGGGUCAGUGGGUCCUCAUUGCUUCUCCUGGUGUCACCCGGAAAACCGGGCAUGCCUCGGUGCAGAAAUGAAAAGAUAUGCUGAGAAAUAAAUCCAGCUGCCUUCUCCUGACUUGGAUGUUUAUCAUGGGUGGUGGCAAGUCUAAACUCCAUCCCUGUCCUCUGUCUUUCUUGUGGGAUAAAGGUGACUGUGUGGAGACAAACGUAGGACAGCAGGUGUCACAGUCUGAUGCCCCAGAGAAACCGGAGGGAGCAGGAGGAGUGGGGGAGAAGGCAGAAGAGGAUGAGGAUGAAGUGUUCCUCAAGUUUGUGAUCCUCCACGCACAAGAGGACAUACUCGAGGCCCUCCGAGUCCAGAGUCUGCUGCAGAACGACUUUGGCAUCAAACCCGGGAUCAUCUUCGCGGAGAUGCCAUGUGGCCGGCAGCACCUGCAGAACCUGGACGACGCCGUCAACGGCUCAGCCUGGACCAUCUUACUGCUGACCGAGAACUUCCUGCGAGAUACCUGGUGCAGGUUCCAGUUCGACACGUCGCUCAUGAACUCCGUCAACAGGCAGCACAAGUACAACUCGGUCAUCCCCAUGCGGCCGCUGCACAACCCCCUGCCCCGCGAACGGACACCCUUGGCCCUGCGCAGCAUCAAUGCCCUGGAGGAGGGCAGCCGAGGCUUUGCCACCCAAGUGGAGAGGAUCUUUCAGGAAUCUGUGUACGAGACCCAGCAGGUGAUAUGGAAGGAGAUGAGAAGUGCCGUUCACGGGCAGCUCUCUGCCUGACAGAGCACAGGCCCCCGCAGACCCGGUGGGCUUCAUCUCCAUUUGAGAAAGCAGUUUCUAGGGAAAGAUUAAACUGGAGAGAACCUCUGUUUGCCAGGAGCCUCAGAGAAGUAAUGUCUGCGAGACAAUCCAUAAAAUCAUGCAGGUUUGCGGUUGCUGUCUUUGCUGCUUUGAUAAACUCAAGUUGUCAAUUUCAGUUUGAUUUUUUUAGAGGGCGCACCCAGCUGUGAUGAGGGGGUCCCUCUCAGUGAUGCUGGGGAAGGAGAGGGACCAAGAGAUAUUGGGUCUUGGGCCUGGGGCUCCCACAGCACUCACCCUGCCGAGCUCUCUCUCUCUCUAUUCAUUUCAAGGAAUUUUCAUCUUCCUAGUUCUUUUGUUUUUUGUUUUUGUGCUUUUUGGGUCACACCCAGUGAUGCACAGGGGUCACUCCUGGCUCUGCACUCAGGAAUUUCCCCUAGCGGUGCUCAGGGGACCAUAUGGGAUGCUGGGAAUCGAACCCGGGUCAACUGUGUACAUGGCAAACGCCCUACCCACUGUGCUAUCACUCCAACCCCUUAUCUUUCUAGUUCUUGACAAGUUUCUCAAUGUUUAUUUCUCAUGUGGAAUGCUUAGCAAAAUGUUGUACGAUUAGCUAUGUUUUUUUUAAUGCAAUAAGAUCUUCCCUUGCUGAUUUUUGUUCAAAGAUAAGCAGAAAGAAAUGCCCCCCCGAGAGAGUUCCACACUUUCCCUAGUGAGGCCCUUCACCUGAGUGUGGCCAUGUCUACUUACCCGCUCAGUCACCUGGAAAGAGGGACACAGGAUUAGAGAUCCCAGACUGACUAUCCAAGUCUGAGGGCACGUCAGCAGGAUCCAGUCUAGCAGGUUCCCCCGCCUCCUGGACUUGGCAUCUUGGCAGCUGCUUCCACCCCAGUUGGUACCUCGUGUGCUGUUGGAGGAGCCUAAACUUCCGGCACAAACUCUCCACGCCAAACCACCUCGGCCUCCAGAACAUUGUCCCAAUGCUCCUGAGCACUGGAACUGGGAGUCCUGGCCAGACUUCUCCUCUGAAAUAAGACGACUUCGCUCAGGACAGCUGCUAUGUUUGUAGGCUCUGCCUUCACCUUUUUGGACUGGGGUUUGGGAGAACCUUCCGGUAUGAACUGGAGAAGAGGAUGGAAUCAGAAUCUUCUUUGGUUAUGGGGGUAGAAGGUAGAACCAAGCAGAGCUCAGCCUCUGCCCCUGGAGAUGAAGGUGACCGUGGACCUGCCGCUAGCCCACCUUUUAGCUAUGACAUGAAAGGAUUGGGUUGUCCCCUCUCAGGAUGCGGACCAGCAGGAACCAGAAAAGGCAAUGAGGAAGACGGAGCUAGAGAGGAGGGGGCUGCCUGUGCUUGCGAGGGAAGGUGUUGGCCUGAGGGCAUGGCAGGGAUUUACCUUGCUGACCAUUUAAACUUCCAGGCGCACAGCAAAAGCUACAACACCCACUUCAUGCAGAUUCUUUUCAAGGAUUGUGCAUAUUUGGGAUCCUUCCAAACUGGGGCUCAGGAGUGUGGGGGCUCCUGGCACUGUUCUGCCAGCCAGGCAAUGUGAGGGUCUGAGACAGUGCCACGCCAGCCUGAGGCCCCGGGCAUACCUGGGCCAUCCCAGUGGUGAUGGGCGCCCCUAGGGCUGCACCGGACAAUGCUUGGGGCAGGGCAUGUGGUGCUGGGAUUGAACCUGGGUCAGUGGCAGGUACCUGUCUUGACUCCUAUACUAUCUCUCAGGCCCCUUAAAGUAUUUUUUCUUUUUUUGUUCUAUGUUUGUUUGGGGGCUGUGCUUAACAUUCACUUCUGGCUCAGCCCUUGGGGAUCACUCCUGGAGAUUGGGUGACCAGAUGGGAUAUUGCGGACUGAACCCAGGUCAACUUCAUGCAAGGCAAGCACCUAAUCUGCUAUACUAUUUCUCUAACCCCCUUAAAGUGGUUUUUUUUUUUACUUUUGGGGUCACACCUGGCAGUGCACAAAUGUUACUCCUGGCUCUGCACUCAGGAAUUACUCCUAGUGGUGCUCAGGGGACCACAUAGGAUGCUGGGAAUCAAACCCAGGUUGGCCGCAUGCAAGGCAAACGCCCUACCCACUGUGCUAUCCCUCCAAACCUUCCUUGGAGUGGUUUUUAGAAGGAACUUUGGCCUAAUUUUUCUUUCUCUUUCCCCCGCCUUUUUGUAUCCCCUUGGAUAGUACUGAGAUCUGCCUCUUCAUAGCCUUGAACCAAAAUGUUCUAUAUGGAGCGUUUCCUCAUAACCCUGGAUGUAAAUGACACACUCUGCUCUGCUAGUAUUUGGCAAGGAAGACAUUGUUCUCACUGCACACAGACAUCUAAAUGAAAGCUUCCUUUCCAUUCUAGUUGCUUACUAUUUAUUCAUGUUUAACCUUUUCAUUUUAAUAAUGAAUAUUCAUGUUCCCCUAUACUAUUCCCUGUAUCUAGCAUUUUAUAUGCUAAUAUAGCAUUGAAUUCCUUUCCUUCAUACUUGCCAUGCCUGGGUAAUUGAUUCUGCAUGAUAUUAUUAUUUAUCAAUAUCUCACAACACCACAGAAUUCCAGGAGGUUAGCUUUACACUGCUGUAUGUGUGUAAUACAUGCUUCUCCACCAGCAAAGAUCUGAUAUCUGAUUGCAUCCCAUUGGAUAAUGUGUGUACAUAAAUGUGUAUAUAUAUAUACAUAUACAUCUAUACAUAUGUAUACAACAACAAAUAUGUGUGUAUAAUUUGUUGUUGUUUUGAGUCCACACAUGGUGAUGCUCAUGAGCUACUCCUGGCUCUGCACUCAGGAAUUAUUCCUCGCAGGGCUGGGGAAUCGUAUGGGAUGCUGGAGGUUAAACCCGGGUCAGCCACAUGCAAGGCAAAGUGCC